AUGACUGACAUUAAGAGCAACCGAGAAUUGUACCAGCAGUACACAGCCUCAGCGCCCAGGCUGCUGGCCCGUAUCUCCAAACUGCUCAUCAGUUGCCGGAACGCAGGUAUUUCUGUACCUAAGGGCGUCAGGAACAUCUUUGAGUUCACUUGGGAGGAGCUCACUGCCGACCCCAUGGUGCCUACCCCGUCUGACAUCAUGGGCCUGGAGAUCAACAUUGGACCCCCACCCGUGGUGCUCAUGGAAUCAGCCCCCGCGCAGGCCCCUGUCCAAAAGAAGCCACCUCCAGUACCAACACCACAGUUGCUGCCCACAUCCACUGGGCCAGCCAAGUUAACCCAGUCUCCCACCCAUGGCUAUCUAGCACACUCUGGCCAGGAGACCCUGCACAGAUUCCAGCGGCAGUCUAUCCACCUGCUGACAGAGCUGCUCACCCUGAAGAUGAAGACCAUGGUGGAGUCCGUGUCUGUAGGUGCCAAUCCCCUGGACAUCACAAGGCGCUUCGUGGAGGCCAGCCAGCUUCUCCACCUCAAUGCCAAGGAGAUGGCUUUUGACUACCUGAUCGGCACAAUGGGGAGAAGUAGCCGGGGUGUUGGACUGAUAGGGAAAGAUUCCUCCAUGAACACUCCAGCCAUGGGAGUGAACACACCUUACCAGCUUGUCUAUGAGUCCUCUACUGGCUGUCUGAGCUUUUCUCUCUCAACUGGAAGGGAAGUCAAGAAGAAAACAGGCAAAUCAAAAAACGUAGAAGACAUAACCAUGCCGUCCUUCCAACGAGGAGCCGGAAUCUCUGCCUCCGACAGUGUAGAGUUCAGUGACCCCUGCCCUGAGGCCCGGGAGAAGCUGCAGGAGAUGUGUCGCCAUAUACAAGCCGAAAGGGCCUUGUGGAAAGGGAGGAAUUUUUCCUGCCCCCUGAUCUUUCGCAACUACAGGGCAAAGGUGCCCUCUCAUCUAAUGUCAGCCCCGAAAGGGGACGCUCAGAGCCCAAGCUCCCACCACCCUAACCCUCCAGGUGCUCAGACUUCCACUUCCACCGUUCACCAGCCCCCUGCCCACCACCAUCCUCACUUCGUCCGGCAUUCUCAGGAGUGGAAGGUAUCCAAGAAGAUCAUCAAGUUCCAUUAUGCCUUCUAUGAUGGGUCCUCCUUUGUGUAGUAUCCUUUUAUUUACUGCUGGGUCCUGUCACCCACUCCCCAACAGGCAGCAGAGCUGGACCAGAUGCCCAGCCCAUUUGGCAGCAAGGCUCUGAGGCCAGAGAGGGUGAAUGAGCAAAUUAAGCUGACGGUGCUGAGCCAGGACUCCAUCAUGGUCACCUUCACCUCCCUAAAUGAAACAAUAACACUCUCGGUAUCAGCCAGCAAUUGUCCCCAUGGGGUAGCGCAUGAAAAACGGCUACUGACCCGCAUGGAUGACAAAAUAUUUAAGAUGAACCGAGCUUUGGCAGAGAUCAAGAAGCGGUUUAAAAAGACAGUGUCACAAUUUAUGAAUUCUGUCUUGCUGGCAGCAGGCCUGUUCACCAUAGAAUACCCGGUUAAGGAAGAGGCAGAAAUCAGUCGAGCCAAGGUAAAAUUGAGUCCCUAUCUCGAGCGGAGCACCAAGCCAAGUUUAUACUCAGGAGAAGCCCUCUUAUUACGAUCUCAGUCAGCCCGACCUGAAUCCUCAAUUGGAGAGUCUUCGAGGGAAGAGCCUGGGUCUGUUUCUAUAAGCCCCACUCGGAAGAAGAGCAUCAAGAUCCAAGCCAAAGCCGUGGUCACACCCAGAGGAAAGUCUGGAGAGGUGCGCAGCCCUACCAGGUGGGCAGCCUCGCCCUCCGACUGCCCGCUGGUGCUGCGGAAGCUCAUUCGCAAGGAAGACAUCCGGGCUGGCUGCCGGUGCACGGUGAAGGCACCCUUGGUAACGGAUGUGGAGCUGGAGCGCUUCCUGUCCGCACCCCGAGACCCCAGCCAGGUACUGGUGUUCGGGAUAGUCUCAAGCCAGAACCCCACCAGCACCGCACAGCUCCAGUGGCUGCUCGACACACUCCAUAGUCACCGGCAGCAGGGCCGCUCCUCGCCCUGCAUCCAGUGCCGGCAUGACCCAUACCGCCUGCUGCGGUAUGACCUGGACAGCUCUCUGCAGAAGGACCCACCCCUGCUGGUGAAGAAGUAUGCUGUGGUGCCAGGGAUGGUUCUGAUGUUCGCAGGGGGGAAGCUCCUUUUUGGUGGCUGCAUUUUGAAUGGAUAUGGCUUUAGCAGGCAGAAUCUGCUGAAACAGAUCUUUCAGGCUCAACAAGACUGCAAGAUGGGCUACUUCCUGCCAGACAACUACAAAUUUAGCAUUCCAACCUAUAUCCCAGUCCUGGAAGACCCCGACUCAGCCAAGAAAGCAAUAUCGGCAGACAUCCAAGAAAGCUUCUCCUCGUUGGCCAUGGGGGACAAGAUGGAGGAGUCCCCUCCUGAAGCUGAGAAGAAGUAG